CCGACGGUGCAGGAGCGGUUCGCUUUUCUCUUCAACAACGAGGUGCUCAGCGACGUCCACUUCCUGGUGGGGAAGGGCCGCGGCUCCCAGCGCAUCCCGGCGCACAGGUUUGUGCUGGCUGUGGGCAGUGCAGUCUUUGAUGCCAUGUUUAAUGGUGGAAUGGCCACGACUUCGACAGAGAUUGAGCUGCCUGACGUGGAGCCGGCUGCCUUCCUCGCUCUGCUGAAAUUUCUUUAUUCAGACGAAGUUCAGAUUGGACCGGAGACUGUUAUGACAACACUUUACACAGCUAAAAAAUAUGCAGUUCCAGCCCUUGAAGCUCAUUGUGUGGAGUUCCUGAAAAAAAACCUGCGGGCAGACAAUGCCUUCAUGCUGUUAACACAGGCAAGACUUUUUGAUGAGCCUCAGCUGGCCAGCCUCUGCCUGGAGAACAUCGACAAGAACACGUCAGAUGCCAUCAAUGCGGAGGGGUUCACAGACAUCGAUCUGGACACUCUGGUUGCAGUGCUGGAGAGGGAUACCCUGGGCAUCCGGGAGGUUCGUUUGUUUAAUGCUGUGGUUCGCUGGUCGGAUGCUGAGUGUCAACGGCAGCAACUUCAGGUGAUUCCAGAGAACAAGCGGAAAGUACUGGGCAAAGCACUUUCUCUUAUCCGCUUCCCAUUGAUGACUAUUGAGGAGUUUGCAGCAGGCCCUGCCCAGUCAGGAAUCCUCACGGACCGGGAGGUGGUGAGCCUGUUCCUCCACUUCACCGUCAACCCCAAGCCACGGGUGGAAUUCAUCGACCGGCCGCGCUGCUGCCUGCGGGGGAAGGAGUGCAGCAUCAGCCGAUUCCAGCAGGUGGAGAGCCGCUGGGGGUACAGUGGGACUAGUGACAGGAUAAGGUUCUCAGUAAACAAAAGGAUAUUUGUAGUUGGGUUUGGAUUAUACGGAUCCAUACACGGGCCAACGGAUUACCAAGUAAAUAUACAGAUCAUCCACACGGACAGUAACACGGUCCUGGGGCAGAACGACACGGGCUUCAGCUGCGACGGGUCAUCAAACACUUUCCGGGUCAUGUUCAAGGAACCUGUUGAGAUUUUACCCAACGUCAACUACACGGCGUGUGCUACUCUGAAGGGUCCAGAUUCCCACUACGGAACCAAAGGACUGCGCAAAGUGAUCCAUGAGUCACCAACAACGGGAGCCAAAACCUGCUUCACGUUCUGUUACGCGGCGGGGAACAACAACGGCACGUCGGUGGAGGAUGGACAAAUCCCAGAGAUCAUCUUCUACACAUAGUGCAGCUGCGGAGCCCGCUCGGGACUUUCCUCUUCUCUUCCCCGUGACCUUCCAAACUAAAUUUCUGGCUGAGUUUGACCACACCGAUUGGAGCCACACUAGCCAAAGGUCUCAGUAAAAUCAUUUCAAAGCUCAUGUUUUUUGCCUUGUGCUAGUGAUUCUGCUGCUAUCACGUACCAGACUAACUGGUACCCCAGUACCAUUCGUAGGUUGUCCGUGGCUAGUCAUUUUUCACUUUUACCGAUUAAUCCUAACUAACAACAUGCGUUUUUUUGGACUGUAAUGAAUGUAGAUGCUUUUCCACCGGUCAGAAGCAUGGAAACGAGUGGCUCUGGUUGUGGUUAUACUGGUUUUGAGGAGAUAAUCCCUCGGAAAGAUGCAGCCCAGGGCUGUGUGGCCCGUCCUCUGCUCUGGCGCGGCGGCGGAGGGGAGAAGGGUUUGGGGCUCGGCCACCCCCUGCCCUGUGUUGUCCCUCCCUCCACCCACUGUGGCUCCUGUGGCAAAAAGUGACACGGAAAGUGGCCUUUUCCCUGAGGCCUGGCUGUUCCAGCACUACAGGGGCUGGAGGGGACACCUCCAAACUCUGGAGAGACUGCAGCCUGCUCUCCCUGCUGGGUGACAAUCCCGCACCUCGGGCAGCUGGUGACAGCCAUGGGGCAGUGGCUCGGGCUGGGCAGCUUCUUCCCUGUUCCCUCUGCCCCCCCGGGGCCUGGCCCUGCUUCUCCCAAACCCCGGGUGAUGUGGGAUGAGCCCCGUGCUAAUUGUGACCGUGCUAAUCAAAUCCUUCGCAGCUGGUGCCGGGGUUUGGCAGCUGGAGGGAGGGAGGGACCUGGCCUCACCUGCCCCCCCCUGCCCCCGGGUGUUGCUGCUGUUCUCAUGCACGUUUCAAUGCAUUUUCUCUCUGGUGGUUUCCCUGCUCUCCCAACCCCCCCCGGGGGGGCUCCCCCCCCACUGCCACGGAGGAGGAGAGGUUUGAGGUGCGACCGCCCGUCACCGGCAACGCAGCAGAUGGACUGGGAUUGAUGGAAGAGUUUAGGAAAACAGUAAAGAUUUUUCUGUUUGCCUGCCUGUGUUUGCACAGUCGGGCUGCUCGGGCAGGCGCAGGAGGAAGAUGGACAACCAUCACCUGGCUUUGGGCUCAGUGAUCCUGAAGACACCCCGUUCUUACCCCUCGAGGGCCGGUUGCUUUUCCCCAGGAGCAGGUACAGCUUCAGCUGGGCGGGGAAGGUCUGUCCUGCCCGGGAGCAGGUCAAGGCUCGGACUUUGAGCAACAGUUGCUGGUGAAGACAACGAGGCCAUUUCCUCCCCUUCCCCUGCAGAGGAAGCUGUGAUGAAAGCACCGCUCGGCAGCGCGGCCGGAGCCUUCCCCAGUCGGUGCGGGACUCGCCGGCAGCGCUGGAACUGCCCCAAAACGGAGCUUCCCCUUCACCAACCCCCGCCCCGGGCACAGGGAGCCGCUGCCACUCACCAGGAGUUGGAACUCGCCGUCGUAACUCACCAUCUUUAACUGCUGGAAGGCAAAACCUGGUCGUCCCGUGGCUGGAGCGGGUGGCUCGGUGCCCGCUCGCUCUCUGGGGACAUGGCAUCUCCUCCUCUUCCUCCCCACGGUGGGGUUGGGGCUGCCCUGGUACCUCCAUCCCCCGCGCAGCAGAAAUCCUGUCAGGAACACCCUGCACCUCCCAACCAGUAGCUGUUAGAGAUGUCAAUAGUGUGUUAACCUUCUCUAGGAAGACGGUGUAAGAUGUGUGUGUUGUCAGCCUGCCCCCAGGUAGGGUGGAGCUAAUAUGGCCAGUACUAAAAAAAAAAAAAGAAAAGAUUAAAAAAAAAAAAAAAAAGAAAAUAAGGGUCCAUGACUUAGUUAUUGAACCUGACUCUGUGCAAUGCAAAGGGUGGUGUGAGGUGGAUUCACUGACCGGGCAGGCUCCUUCCUCUGCUGGGAGGUGGCCCCGUGGGGUGUAGGUGGCUGCACCCCCCUCUGCCCCCCUGCUCCGGGGCUGGGGGAGCUUCACUACGAGCCCCUGAGGAGCGUCUCGGGGCCUGCGCCUUCCCCGGGGUCUGCUGUGGCUGCCCCAUCCCUGGAGGGGUUCAAGGGCAGGUUGGAGGGGGCUUGGAGCAACCUGGUGUGGUGGGAGGUGUCCCUGCCCAGGGCAGGGGGUGGCACUGGGGGGGCUUUGAGGCCCCUUCCCACCCAAACCAGUCUGUGAUCUCCCACCUCGGGCCAUUGCUGUUCCUGGGUGACAAUAGUGGAGAUAGUUGGGGUUUGAUGGAAGCCCCGGUGGGCGCCUCCGCGCUGCCUCCUCCCAGGGAGCCUCUGGUUUUACUCCUGUUCCGUUUUGCAGAUUCCCCCCCCCGCUGCCCCCCUCCUGCCCUCGCCCCACACGCGGCUCUGGGGGCUCCUCCUGUGUGUGGGGGGGGUGAGGCCUCAACCCCAAACUUCACCUGAGCAACUUCUGUUCUUACGGCUUUUACGCAGUUUGAUGCAAUUCUGGCUUUUGUAGAUAGAUGAAUGUAACUCAUUGUUGGACAUGCCUGUUCCCCAAGAGUAUGAGACAUCCUGUUGUACCACGUCACCUUCCGAGCGGAGCUGGGCCCGUCCCUGCUCCCCUGCUGUAUUGAUGAAUGUAUCCGACGCUCUCGUUCCGUGUUCACACUCUGCUUUGGGCCAGCUUUGUGAUUUGUAAAUAGGAAAUCAAUAAAGACAUUCAGGUUGUCUUUA